CGCCGGUUGCCCGCCGGCCCCGGCCCCUUCCCCUCCCCGCAGGGCGGGCUCGGUCCCCGCCGCAGCCUCCCCCCGCCUUCGCCGGUAGGCGGCACCGCCACCCGCCUUCCUCCUCCUCCUCCUCACCUUCGCCGGGUGACCCAGAUCGCGGCGGCCGCACCGCCCGCCGGCGAGGGACGGCCCGGGACGAGGGGAUGUAGCGGCGCGGAGCGCACUGAUAUCACCUGCAAGGAAGAGUUCAUCAGUGAUCAAUAGAUUACAGCUCCAGCAACACAAACAAAACCGUCACCAUGAAACACUUCUUGAGGAUGUUUGUCCAGGUAUGCCUCUACUUCUACUGUAAAUGCUUGUGGCGCUGCCUGAAAUUUGUGGUCAGGAAGCUAACAGGUCGAUGUGAAUUGCAAAGGAUCUGUUACAAUACCAAACCUGGAGCUGCCAGAACUAUGAAAAUAGAGGCAUCACUGAAAGGUUCAAAAAGUAAGCGGCUGCAAACUUCAGUAAGCGUUCACCCUGAUGCUAUUGAAAAAACAAUAGAUGACAUCAUGGAGCUGAAAAGGAUCAAUCCAGAUAUAAAUCCACAGUUGGGAGUAUCUCUCCAGGCAUGCCUGCUGCAGAUUGUGGGGUACAGAAAUCUGAUUGCAGAGGUUGAAAAGCUGCGCAGAGAGCCAUAUGAUUCGGAGAAUCCACAACAUGAAGAAAUGCUUCUGAAGUUGUGGAAAUGCCUGAAGCCCAAUUCACCAUUGAAAGCUCGGAUUUCGAAGCAGUGGUGUGAAAUUGGUUUCCAAGGUGACGAUCCUAAAACAGACUUUAGAGGGAUGGGUCUCCUGGGCUUAUAUAACUUGGUGUAUUUUGCCGAAUGGGACACUGAGAUAGCUCAGCAGGUUCUUUCUGAUUCUCUUCACCCUAAAUACAGGGAAGUCACUAAGAAGGAACUAAGCCAGUUGAGCAAAGCCGAAUGGGAGAAGAAAAAGUUUGAUAAGGCAAUUGGCUAUUCUUUUGCUAUCGUGGGCAUUAACAUCACAGACCUCGCAUACAACUUGCUUGUGAGUGGAGCUCUGAAGACCCAUUUCUACAACGUUGCUCCAGAAGCUCCAACACUAACUCACUUUCAGCAGACCUUCUGCUACUUGAUGCAUGAAUUCCACAAAUUCUGGAUUGAAGAGGACCCGCUGGACAUAAUGGAGUUCAACCGUGUCAGAGAGAAAUUUCACAAGCGAAUCUUGAAACAGCUCCAGAACCCGGAGAUGGCUCUGUGCCCUCAUUUUGCUGCAUCAGAAAGUUUAAUCAAUAUGUAGUUACUCACUGACUUUCAUUUGGAAACACUCUCACUCUUGUGUUAGAUCACUGUUUAGACCGUCACCGCAUCCUGAAUGACCAUGGCGAUUGUAUGCAUGUUUUUGAUGCAGUAUUCAUCUAUUUAUUUAUUAUUUUUUGUCACGUGUACUAGAUCCCCUUAUGCUUCUCUUGUUGGGGAUUUCUCAUUUUAAAUGGGUGCUCAUAUUGCGGCAUUAUGAAGUGUUACAUUCUGAAUUGAUGUCUGAGUAUCAGAGUUUUUCUAUUUUUUUAGACUUUCCUCAUAAAUUCAGCAUUGACAGUUGAAUUGUAUUUCUCUAGCUGUGUUUUUGUAUAUGUGGAAUAAAUAGCUGGAUCUUGUAUUGUGAAAGCUUUUUAACUUCUUGGUAUGUUUUAAGAUAACUACUGGCAUUUCAAGUGAAAUAUAUGUUUGGACCUCGUCUAGAAGAUAAUGUGUAUAAUUUAAUCUGAUGCAGGCAACCGCAUUGAAGUCCAAUUUUCUCCAUGCAGGCAUAUAUGCUUAAUGCAGAAUUAACGAGGCUUAUGAGAUACAAGUUUCAGUGAGAAGAGUUUAUGCAGAAUUACAAUCAGACUCUACAGCUGCAUGAGUACCAAAUGGUCUGGGUGAUGCUAGAGCAAACACUCACAACUACUGGAUGCUGGCAGGGGCCAAAAAUUGUAUCAUUGGGCUGUUGUCACCAACACUGUCAUGCUAAAGCAUGGUCGAAAUUCCUGCACAUUCCUGUGAAUACACAGCGGUUAGAAUCUUGUGUCGCAUGUUGGAAGGCAACAUCAUUUGGUCACAUUGUGCUUGGUGAAUUCAGGGAGUAAAAAUUUUUUUUUUUUUUUUUUUUUUUUUUGAACUACUGAAAAUGGUUGUCGAUUCAGUUCCUAAGAACUGGGAGAAAUAAUUGGUUAGAAGGUUUAGAGCAAAACUUGAGUUUCCCAGACUACUUAUAAAAAAAAUUAAAAAAUGGCAAACUGCCUUUUUUUCUAAAGAAAUGAGUAAAAGUGUCUGACACUAAGAUUGUGUAGUAUAUUGAACAGCAUCUACCAUGGCAUUUCAUACCCAUGGUAUUUUUUACCUUCUAAGCAAUCAAUUUUAGUAUUAUAUGUUUGUGUAAAUCACUUGCAUAUGGAGAUUAAAUUGAGUAGUGUCCAACUACUUGUGAAUUAUAUGAAUAAAUUAUAUGUCAUUCUAAACUGAAGCACUGUGGGUUUUAUUUUUGAGAUAUGCAGUACUACAGAUGAAAACUAUUUUUCUUUAAUGGGUCAGGUAAAAGGGGACAUCCCAGCUUUGUUGUGGUAUUUCCCUAGUCUGAAGUGUGGUCUGCACUUCCUCAGAUCAUGUUCUUUAUGCCAUUUCUGGUUACAGCUCGGGCCAUCAUUUAAUAAGUAAAAAACAAUGCAAUGGGAGUGGUUGCCUUUCUUGGGAAACUUCUUUUUGGAUUUAAGCCCUCUGCUUUCUUUGAUCAAGUGUGAGAUGGGGAUCAGGAUUUCUCUGCAGGGCUGGAAAUUUGCACUUGUUGCUGAGUUAAUCAGCGAAACUCUAUGGGUGUUGUGAUGAUUAGUCUCUAAUGAAUUUGGAAAUAUAGAACUGAAAAUAUUAACUAUUGCAUAUUUUGCAUGAAAAUACAAGGAAUAAAAACUGUGCAUGAUUAACUCACUAUCA